GUAUGCUGCGAUGCAUCGCACGCUCAAACCCUUCAUCUCCGCUUUCCGCCUUCGUAACCGCACACAAAACUCCGAGAGCAAGAAAUGGCGGAAAAUACUAGUAGAACUGAAGCAGAACGGCUGCUUGGAAUUGCCGAGAAGCUCCUAGGAUCGAGAGACCUCAACGGCUCUCGCGAGUUCUCAAUCUUGGCACAAGAAACCGAACCCCUUUUAGAAGGGUCUGAUCAGAUCUUAGCCAUCUCCGAUGUGCUCAUCGCCGCUGAGAAGCGCGUCAACAACCACCAUGACUGGUAUUCCAUCUUGCAACUCGACCGGCGGUCCGCUGACAACGAACUCAUCAGAAAGCAGUACCGCAGGCUCGCCCUUCUCCUCCAUCCUGACAAGAACAAGUUCUCCUUCGCCGAUCAGGCCUUCAAGUUAGUUGCAGAUGCGUGGGCAGUCCUGUCAGAUGCCCCAAAGAAGAUGAUGUACGAUAGUGAAAUGUCUCUGUUUUCGAAGAUUGAUUUGUCAAAUCAACCGAAAUCGCGAGUCCGGAAAAACCAGAUUCAACGCCCAACCAGUGCAAGAAAGACUAGCGCUGAAUCUGCGAGGAAUAAGCAAACCGCGAGCGUAAACAACGACGAGGAUCAGCGGGUGAGAUUAUCGACUUUCUGGACAACGUGUCCGUAUUGUUACAAUCUGUACGAGUACCCUAGGGUUUACGAGGGGUGUUGUUUGAGGUGCCAGAAUUGUCAGAGGGCUUUUCAUGCGGCGUUGGUUUCAUCAUUGCCGCCGUUUGUACCAGGGCAAGAGGCUUAUUACUGCUGCUGGGCGUUCUUCCCACUCGGCUACACUUUGGGGACUGCGGAGAAUGGAGGGAAGACUACAGCUAAAGCAGCAGCUGAGUUUCCCAAUUGGAUGCCGCCAAUGUUUGCAGGCGAGCAAAACGGCGGUGAUCAAAAUGGUGGUGGUAAUGGCGGCACUGGGGCAGUGGCGGUGGAUGGAAGGGAAGCCGUGAUGGAAGCUACUGACAGCAAUGCCUCCAGAAAAAGGGGACGGCCUCGCAAGAAUUCCUUUUAGACGGGAAGAAGAAUAAGCUUAUGGAAAAAAUAAAAAGUUACUGGGGUGAAGACUGAGGAUUGUUGCCCGAGAAGGUGAAGGCAGUGGAUUUGUUGUGGUGCAGAGAGCAUUUGGAGAGAGCCUGCAACUUCUUGGCCGAAGAUGAAAGGAUGCUGUAGCUGGAAUUUUAGUGGAACUGACUGCCCCAUAGCCAUUGGAUAUGUAAGGUAACAUUAUAGUUUGCGGCAAUGUAAUUGGGGCAGAGUUUAUGUGCUGUGGAUUGUAGAAUUUUAGGAUUAGUGGAUUAGUCAAGAUGUGCAUUCUGCCUGAAUCCAUUACUUGUUUGUUUCUAAGGUGAAACUGGUUAUGUUCCGUUUGGAGUGCAAAGUAAUGUCUAUUCCCUUUACUAUUCAAUGUGUUUAUCACCACUUGGGUGA